GAUUAGGGGUUGUUGCUUCCUUUUUAAAAGCACUCGGCCCCAUCUCGUUCCCUUCAUUCUGCGGCAGAAGGAGGCCUCUGCAGAGCCCUUGCUCACCCACCCGCUGCGAUGGGGUGGGCUCCAAAACUGAUGGUUUUCUGUGCUCUCUACAUUUCCUUCAACUUAUAUGCCAUGAUAGAAACAAAAGAGCAAAGCAAAGGCACAAAAGGAAAAAGGAGAGGGUCAGCGAAGAUCAAGGAGCAACGUUUGAGGGCUCAGGAAUCCUCACCCGACCCAGUGCUGAGAGUCAAUCCUGGGGCCUCCACAGACUACACCCUUGUGGCAGAUUAUGAGCAGAGCAUUAAAGAGAUGGUGAACCAGCUGCAAAACAGCUCUGAGCCACUGGACAGCAAGUGCCAGGUCAACCUGCGACUCUGGAUGUCCAACAAGAGGAGUUUGUCUCCUUGGGACUACAGGAUAAACCAUGAUGCAGCACGUCUUCCCGUUGACAUUCCAGAGGCCCACUGCCUGUGUGCAGGAUGCAUCAAUCCCUUCACCAUGCAAGAAGACCGCACCAUGGUCAGCAUUCCCAUCUACAGCAAAAUCCCAGUGCGCCGUCUGCUGUGUGAACCUGGCAAGCCUCACAGGAAGAAAAAAAGGUGCCACAAAGAGUACAAGAUGGUUAUGGAGACUAUUGCUGUGGGUUGCACUUGCAUCUUCUGAAGAAAGAGCAGAUCUCCUCUUAGUCCUGCUUCAGGUUCUUUUGGGACACAGCAUUGCUCUUUCCUCCCUAUCUUCUGCCUCCUGCCAGUUCUAGUUAGCCAAGUCCCUCCCACUCACUACUUGUUCCUGCUCCUGCCUGCAUGAGGCAAGCUUACAUGCAUGCACACAUGUGUUUGUCAGAGGCACAAUUCAUCCUCCUCUGAUAUCCUGGUAACACCUCAUAGACACAAGCAACCUUCUCAUAAGUGGUGUGUCUGGGUUUUUUUUGCCCCAUGUUAGUGCUUCAGGGUCCAUACUAAGAAGACCUAUGCAAUUGCCUUAUUUAACCUUAAGCUGCCAUGAAUUCACAGCCACUGCUGGUUCCACUCUUUAGCUGCCAUGAUGCUUACUUGUUCAAGAGUUUAGCAGAGGGGAAUUGUCUUGGCAUGUGCCAGAAGAGGUUAACUGAGAGACAGGAGAAAUGAGUUUCAAAACACAGGUGCAGAGUGGGCUCAAGUCUCUCCCCCCUGCCGCCCGCCCCACUCCCAACCUGGUGCUGCAGCCUUUUGGAGUUUAUCACUCUUGCUCAGCGACUGCUUAGUGUGCAAGCUGUCUGCAUUCAUACUCAUCUUCUGAGGGUGGUGGUCAAGUGUGACCAUAUUUGGGCCAGGAGAACAGCAACAGUCUGAGAAACCUCUGUAUGCUACCUUUCUUCUCUGGUAGCACCACCCCCAAAACAGAGGAAAUAAAACUUUUGGGCAGAACAUAACAUCUGCAUUAACUGCUUAAGGUCAAACAUGAAGAGUCAAUUAUUUGCUCUGUAGAGAGUGCUCCAUUGCCUUUCAUGGGGGGAGUAGAAGGCAAGUCUGCUCUUGCUGAACUCUGUCAGAUGA